GAAGUGAGCAGCACAUCACGUAACUAGCAACUAUCAAAACAGGCCGAGAAAGAGAUGGCAGCGCUGUCACUGUAUCUCACAAACGUUAGUGUCUCUUUAGGACAGCCAAUGGACUCGGAGAAAAGUUCUGGUGUGGUGAAGGACUUUGAGAAUGUGGAGCUCGGCGAUACUGGGAAGAAGCAGAAAGUGCCCCGCAGAACCAUCUACUUUGCAAGCGGUGAAACAAUGGAAGAAUAUAGCACAGAUGAGGAAGAUGAAGAAGAGGAAGAACAAAAGAAAAACAGCGCUAUGAGCACAGUUGAUCCGUCGAAGUUGACUUGGGGCCCAUAUUUUUGGUUCCACAUGUGGAGAGUUGCCACAUCCACCAUUUCAGUCUGUGAUUACCUUGGAGAGAAAAUGGCGUCGCUCCUUGGUAUUACCUCACCAAAAUAUCAGUAUGCCAUUGACGAGUACUACAGGAUGAAAAAGGAGGAGGAAGAGGAGGAGGAGGAAAACCGCCUGUCUGAAGAUGCUCAGCAUCGCUUUGAUGAGCAGCACAGUAAGGAGAGUGUGCAGGCCACAGUGGAGCAGCCUGAAGCCACCGCCUCCUUUGUAAAUGUGACUUUUGAGCUUGAACAGGAGCCACACACGACCCCUGACUCCAACAAAAUGCCUGCCCCCCUUCCAUCCUAGAGCUCUACAUUAAAAUGACAGUGUACAUUUCUGUAUUUACAGGGCUAAGUCAUAUCACUUCUUCACUUGUAAUGUUGUAUUUCACUAAGGGUUGAAAUGUGAACAGAAAGAGCUUGUUUGUAAUUCAAAUUGCUCAUGGAUUUUUAUUUAUUUUUUUUUAAACUAAGAGCACUCCUUUUAUUUUCCUUAAAAAAAAAACUUGUAUGAAUUCAUACAUAAAAUAAUACUUGGGCAGAAAUACCCAACUCGAGUCUAAUUCUAUUAUCUAGUGUUUGUCAGAUCUUGUACCUUUUUGAAGACAAGAAAAUGCUGUUUACACUCUGAAGUACAGCUGCUGUGCAGGUCAAACUACAGCGCUUUAUCAUUAAUUGAGAGGUCUUUGUAAUUUUGCUGAACCAAACCAUUGUGUGAGAAACUGCAAAGGCUGCAUCCUGACUUCACCAUGAUCAUCGAAGGCUACACAAAGAACAGAUGAGUCUUUAUUCUCUGUUUCUGCAAAUGAACUACAACAAUGUUUUUCAGUACACAUUUCCUGGCUUGUGUGCCAGUCCUUUAUAGUGUAUUAUUUUACCCUCUGCUAGUGUGAUCAGGAACAAUUAGCUAGGGAUUUUUCCUCACAACCUUCUUUUAAAUUGUAGGUAAAACUAGCUGUGUUAAAUACAUGUUAUGUGCACAGGACACAAAAAGGAAAGAAGAUACUAAAUCUAACUGCUUUAACCUUUUUACACCUCUCAAAAAUCAUGUUACUUUGAAAAUAUGUAUAAUUUAUGUAUAGAUACUAAAAAAACUAUGACAUGUGAGGGAAAAGCCAUUUUUUUGUAUAUAAUAUCUGUUAAUAAACUUUUGAACAUGGA